AACUGCCAAGAAUACUCGGAUUUUUUUGAAAUUCUUAUUGAUGAUAAGUUAAAACUUGAUUAUCUUAAAAAGAAAUUGAAAAGAGAAGAAAAAAUUAAUAUUAAAUAUAAUUUUUUUAUUAAAUAUUCUUCUGAAAUUUGUUAUGAACAAAAAGUUAAAAGAGAUAAAAAGGGUGAAAAAGUUUUAUUAGAAUAUUUAAAAACUCUUUGUGAUGGUUAUAAAAAAAAGACUUCUGAAUUAUAUCCUAAAUAUAUAGUUUUUAAUACUGAUAAAGUUAAAGUAGAAGAAUAUAAUAUAUAUUUCUAG